AAAAAAACCAUGAUCCAAAAAAAAAUUGGUUCUGAUGAAAUUGAGAAGGUUUUUAGAUAGAGAAAACAAGUUCUAGAUAGAAAGAGAUACAGAGACAGAGAGAAAUGGGAGUUGAUUAUUAUAAGGUUCUUGAAGUCGAUAGGAAUGCAAGUGAUGAUGAUUUGAAGAAGGCUUAUAGAAAACUAGCAAUGAAAUGGCAUCCUGAUAAAAACCCUAACAACAAGAAAGAUGCCGAAGCUAAAUUCAAACAAAUCUCUGAAGCUUAUGAUGUUUUGAGUGAUUCUCAAAAGAGAGUAAUUUAUGAUCAGUAUGGAGAAGAAGGUUUAAAGGGGCAAGUUCCGCCACCUCAAUCUGGUGGUGGUGGUGGUUACUCUGAUUAUGCUGAUUAUGGUGGAGGUGGUGGUGCAUUUAGGUUUAACCCAAGGAGUGCAGAUGACAUAUUCUCUGAGUUUUUCGGGUUUUCAAGUCCAUUUGGUGGUGCUCAUAAUGGCGGUGGUGGUGGUGGUUAUUCAAGGAGUGUUUUUGGGGAUGAUAUCUUUGCUUCGUUUAGAGGUGGAGGGGGUGGUUGUGGCGAGGGUUCUGUUCCAAGGAAAAGAAGUGCGAUUGAGCGAACAUUAACUUGUAAUUUGGAGGAUUUGUAUAAAGGGACUACUAAGAAAAUGAAGAUCUCCAGGGAGGUUACUGAUUCAAGUGGGAGGCCUACGACAGUAGAGGAAAUCCUAUCGAUUGUGAUCAAACCAGGUUGGAAGAAGGGGACUAAGAUCACAUUCCCAGAGAAGGGCAAUGAGCAGCGAGGUAUGAUACCUGCAGAUUUGGUUUUCAUAAUUGACGAGAAACCUCACAAUCUAUUCAAGAGGGACAGCAACGACCUGAUUGUUAGCAUGAAGGUGUCUCUGGUUGAAGCGUUAACAGGAUACACAGCACAAAUAACAACUCUAGAUGGUCGAAGUCUAACCAUUCCCGUCACGUCAGUCAUCAGCCCCAUCCAUGAAGAAGUCGUCAAAGGAGAGGGAAUGCCAAUCCCGAAGGACCCGUCCAAGAAAGGAAACCUAAGAGUCAAGUUCAACAUCAAAUUCCCAGCCAAGCUUACACCAGAGCAGAAAGCGGGUAUAAAACGAUUGUUGAAUUCUUCAUGAAUGCAUGGUGGUAUCUCUCUGCUUUAACCUACUUCAGCAGACUUAGCGGAGUUGAUGCAUUUUCACUUUCUUGCCAUCAUCUCUAGCAAUAAUAAAUUUCACUUCGGCAGCAAUUACGUCACUUGAACAAAGAAGCUGCACCGCAUGCUAAACACUGUCACCUCAGUUUCCUGCUUUAGUAAUAGCCCUUAGCUAUAACCUCCUCUACUUGUUUUUUCUUUAGAAAAUUCUCAUGUCUAUUUCGGUUUCCUUUUCAAUAGAUGAACACUUUCUUUUGUAAUUGUCUUAGCACUCAGGAAUUAUCAGAGUUCCAGUGGUGAAUACAGGUUGUUGACCUUGAAAA